AAAAGAGAGAGAGAAGCGAAGCGGAGGGGAAAAUCACACUCCCCAGCUCAAAAAUUCCCCCCUCCGCUACUGCUCCAAACCCUAGGCUUCUCGGCGCCGUGCGCCCCGGUCCCCUCCCUCUCAGCCGCUUCCGGUCUGCUGCGGCGCGGCGGCGGCGCUCCUCGCUCGACCCAGCGGAGGGGAGAGAUCCGCGCGGGCGUGGAUUGGUGUCGUCUCAUUUUUGCGGUGCUGUGAGCAAACACUUAAAUCCUGAGCAGUUGUCACAACAUUUCUUCAUUCCCAUGAAAUGUCACUGCUUAGUAGAUUCUUCUACAAGAGGCCUCCUGAUGGACUACUGGAGUUUAUUGACAGGAUCUAUGUUUUUUAUUCAUGCUUCAGCACUGAAGUUUUGCCUCAGGGAAUGUAUCCAGUCUAUUUAAAUGAGAUUCUCACGGAGUUGCAUGAGGAACAUGUAGAAUCCUCAUUCCUGGCGAUUAAUUUUAGAGAUGGAGAUAAGAGAAGCCAGUUUGCUGAUAUACUGCGUGAAUAUAACAUUCCAGUCAUUGAUUAUCCACGUCAUUUUGAAGGCUGCCCUGUGCUUCCUUUAUCUCUUAUUCAGCAUUUCCUUCGUGUCUGUGAGCACUGGUUAUCUAGUGGGAAAAAUAAGAACAUUAUAUUACUCCAUUGUGAAAGAGGGACCUGGCCAUUGUUGGCUUUUUUGUUAUCUUGUCUUCUCAUAUACAAGGAAUUGCACGGAGCUGAGCAUAAAAUUCCGGACAUUAUUUACCGUGAGGCACCUAAAGGGUUCCUACCACUCUUUUCUGCACUCAAUCCAAUUCCAUCUCAGCUCCGUUACAUGCAGUAUGUAGCUAGAAGAAAUAUCUCUCCAGAGUGGCCUCCAAUGGAAAGAGCACUCUUUUUGGAUUGCCUGAUUCUUCGAGCCAUUCCAAGUUUUGAUUCUGAUAAUGGAUGCAGGCCAUUAGUCCGCAUUUUUGGGUGAAAUCUUCUUGGGAAGAAUGGUAGCAUGGCUAACAUGCAUGAUUUUUUUUCAUGCCAAAGAAGAAAUCUCUGCGGCUAUGGAUGCAAGUUAUAUUUAUUUUGGGUCAAUGGGUGGAUCCAAAACUUUGAUAAAAUGAAUUAGGAUAGUAUAUGCGUAAUUAAUUUAGGAGGAGAAAUGAAUUAGAA